CGCCCCUUCGCCCUCCCCUUUCGCCGCGCCAUCACCACAACCUCACCACUCCUCGACACGGCCGCGCCACGACAGGGCAACCCAAACAGCUCUGCUCACACACCCUCCGCUGCCACAUCAACAGGAGCCGCGCAACCCUUUUCCACACCGCUCAGUGCUUCGCCCUCCGCUGUAGAGCUGCAGGCACCAAGCGCAGAGAAAGCCGCUCCCACGAUAAAGAGUUCAGUCGCUGCUGGCACGCCGCUCAAGGGUCUAAACUUUGUCAAGGGAAAAAACGAUCCUGUUGCCUUGGAGGAUACAGAGUAUCCCUCAUGGCUGUGGGGAAUUUUGAAGAAGAAGGCCGGAGAAAGUGCUGCCGAUGCUGGAUCUGUCGAGGGAGAUUUGUUUUCUGCCAAAGCCCUGCGCAAACAACAACUGCUCAACCCCGAAGCACUGGCCCCGAAAAUCCCUCUGCACGAACAAACCAUUGAUUUGCCUGCUGGAGAUGGCAGUCUGCAGAGCGCAAUUGAUGCCAUGGAGGCCAGAGAUGCAUUGACAAAGUCGAUGCGUAAGAACAGACGCGCCAAGAUCAAGGAGGCCAAUUUCUUGAAGGCUAUGGGUUAG